AUGUUCAGAGGUGGCCAUUGGCGAGGUGCCUUCCAUGCCCAGCAGCUUGACCAUGGAGCACUUUCUCCUGGCGAACCGGGACCUACUGGACAAGGACGAGGAACGCGCCGGCGACAGCUGCGCAAGAGAUCGGCGGAGAGACGAGUGCGACCUGCUCACUCGAUGGGCUUCAAGGACACCCUGCCUCACUGCAGCACCAAGCGAGCACUGCGCACCGUGGAAGGAGCCCGGCACCACGCAGUGGUCGUAGCCAGGGGCGCCGGACUGCUCCUGCUGUACAGCGACCUGUUCAACACGAGCGAGGUCUGCCGCCUCUGGCAAGUCAUCAGCCUCGGUCUUCUGAGGCGGAAGCUGCGCUACCUCUGCUACUGCCACAUAAAAUCGGAGGAAAAAUGCCAAACCACAGCAAGCGGACUGCCAAAGUUUCUGGAAGACUUCUGCCGGGAUCUCCGACGAUUUAUCCAAAUUGCCCAACAAGCGGGGUGCAGCCCCACGUUCGGUUUCCUGUCGUAUUCGUCCAACCCGAAGGACGAAAAGGCUGUUGUUCAACAGGUGCAGAGCAACCUGUCGCCAAGGUGUGUGGUUGUGUACCACCGGUCGAAAACUAUAACUAUGCGACCUCGGGACGACCCUACCAAGGCAUGCAGUGUGCACCGGGGAAUAACGGGAGCCUUCCUGUUCGGCCCGUCGCCGCCUACGCCGUGCCACCGCCGCCCCAGCAGCAACAGCAGCAACAGCAGCAGCAGCCGCCGUGCUGCGGCGGCGGUGGAGGCGGGCAGCAGCAAGUCGUGCCCUGCUACGGAGGCUCCCGAUGUCCCGGCGCCCCGUACCGGCGCCAGUGCAGUUUCAAGCGCAGCCGGCUGGAAAAACUGUCCAAGCUGCUGCGACGCGCUGUGCUGCGACGCCCAGUGGAAGACCCGUGUCUGCGGAAUGUGGCCCCGGGUGUCAUGCUGUUCCACUCGUUCCGUAUCCCCAUGGAGGACGGACGCUGCCUGA